AUGCACUUGGCAGACUACCUUCAGAGCGCCAUGUCAGACUAUGAACUUCUCACCCAGUACACCGAGGAUGCCUAUGCCAAAGAAGAUCGAAUUUGCGAUCGUCCGUCUUGCAUGGCUAACAUUAGGACUGGAGAGCCAUGUUUUUAUGUUGCGACCAUCGAGCCAGGUCAACGUGGGCGCUAUGUGUGUGAAUCCUGCCACUUGCAUUAUGAGAAUAAACGAGCUACUUCAGUGAGACCUACAGGUAAUCGAACCUUACAAUCACAAGGCCGCGCCCCUCCUGAUCCACGUACAAUACAACAAUUGGUGAAUGCGGCACAACGAAGAUCGACACCUAAUCCGCCUCCUGUCAUUGCUGUACCUGGUGGCUUUCGUCCUAGAGGGCCAGAUAUUAGAAUCCCUACAUCAUGGCAAGGGCCGCAAGGUUCAUCAUCCAUCCGGCAUUCGUCACAACAAGGUGCCAUUGGGUAUUCGUCGCAACACGCACUUUAUGCUGCUGAGCGUGACCGCUGGGGGAAAAUGGCAUACGCUUCAUCUCUAGCAGAGACCAUUUUACUUGAAAUUACUGUGAACAUAUGUGAGGGUAGGAAGGAUGUUGAUGCUCGAAUUGACGCAUCUGGGCUCAUCAAGCUAGCUUUGGAGACUGUCGUCCCAAAGUUACGCAAAUUCGAUGGAGAAUUUGUCUGGCGUGUUGAGGAGUUCAUAAUCCGAGAUGCUGCAUGGGUGGACCUAUCCAAUCACCCACAAUUGGUUCCCUAUUUCUAUGAUCAGUGCCUGCAGCCAUCUCGCAAAGGCACCAAAUCGACCUUCAAAUCUAAACAAUUUGCGCUGAUGGUCGUUGUCCUGGAGGCCCAGUGGAAUGAAUACGAGAAUUGGUUGGAACUUCGUGCGGAAAUGGAAGCUGAAGCUAUCCGAACGAGCUGCACUCAGUCUAGUGAACAUGCUACUGCUCACACAGCCGUCAGUUUCAAUGUGCCCUCAUCAGCAACAACUUCGCUCGCUGAAAAUGAGCUUUUCUUACCAUCCGUGGCCACCAACAAUUCUGUGACGGUCUCUACCAAGAGAGCCCACCAGCGUGCUGAAAGCUCUAGCAGUCUCAGUGCUUUUCAUUCACCUGAUCGUGAUCUGCUCAAAGAAGUCUUGAAGAUCGGCGGAGGUGCCAACUUAAAUGUAAAGCAAGUCUUUGGACUACAUAGUGAAAGUGUGCAAUUUCACCCAAUCCCUACCCGCGAUAUCACCGACCUCUUGCUACACAAACAGCAUCAUUCAUUUUUGGUGGACACGGCUGAAUCUUCCAUUGGACAGCUGACUAUUGAUACAUCGACGGACGGCUUCAUUGGAAUUGGUGGCUUCAAGACUGCGAACGCUGGAUGGCUCACGCUCACAGCUCCUCCCAAGACUGGUCUCGGAUCAGUGGCUCGUCAUAAGGUCGUGGUCAAACGGCCAUUCGAAAAAGUAUUUCCGACUGCUAUGAAGGUUGGAGCUUAUAAAGUUGGCCGGUAUUCACUCGUCGACGAGCUACAGAAGCUAUUCAGAGAGGCCAACGUCCUAUACUGGUCCAAGUCUUUAUUAAAGCUCACAUACGACUUCAUCGAUCGUUCCAUUGCAUCCUCACCUGAACCCCCGCCGUUUGCUGUCCCACGUGUUCGAUUUGUAGAAGCUGGCCUUGCAUUGUGCCACCACCAAGGGGGUAGCAAGCCUGGAGCAAAGACAGGGUCAACACGGGCUGUCUUUCUCCUUGAAGAGCUCAUUGAGGGCGGUGAUGAUAUGUUUGUCAAAUUCAUCCACAAUAUGGACGCCAAUCCAUUGCUCGAUGAAUUGGACUAUGGCUACGACAUGGCCGAAUUCUUUGUUUUCACGCAGCAUGUCCAGUAUGUCAAGACCGGCAAGCUCGCUUUCAUAUCCGACUAUCAGGGUAGUACAGUACUACUCACAGAUCCUCAGGUCCUGACUCAUCCGUCCGUCAGCGAUGGAUGUGAUAUUUUUGGUGAGGGAAAUAUUGAGGCAUCUGUCAGCAAAUUUGAAGACCAGCAUGCCUGCAACGAGUACUGUGGAUGGUUUGGGCUGGAAACAUUCGUGAAGGAGGCAAAUGACGAUGAAGCACUAGUUGUAGAAAAUUAG